AUGCGACAUGUUGCUGAAAAGCUAAAUAUUGUUCUCGAAGAUCUGUAUAAACAAAUUGGUUGGCCAUUAUACAGUAAAUAUGGUCAUGCAUAUGAAGCAUUUAAAUUGGCAAUCACGGAGCCUGAAAAGGUAUUUGAAGGUCUCGAGAUAUCUCAAGAAAUUAAUCUCGAAGUUACAUGCUUUGGUUAUGAUGGUAUCGAUGCUAUCAAGUCAGCACUUAAAUCCGGUGAAGCUUGUGAAAUUGAUGAUAUUCAAAUUAAGGUUAAAUUAGUAGCGCCUCCAUUAUAUGUCAUGAUUACCAACGCGUUGGAUAAGAACUUGGGGAUUCAGACUUUAGAAAAAGCAAUUACUGCUAUUCAUGAGACUAUCGAAAAAUCGGGAGGCGUAUUAACGGUCAAAAUGAAGCCAAGAGCUGUAAGUGAAACAGAUGAUAUUGAACUUGCCGCACUUAUGGCUCGUGUAGAAAAAGAGAAUGCUGAAGUUUCUGGUGAUGAAGAUACCGAUCCAGAAGCCGGUGAAGUCGAAUAA